AUGUCGAACAGAACGAGCCUUGCUUCGAUUACUUCGCUGAGGUCGAAUUUGGGAUCGCCGGUGAACAAGACUUCUAUCAAAUCGAGCAGAACUAUAGCAUCCGAGCGAUAUUCCGAUCUCGUCGACGACGAAGAUGAAGAUUACUGGUUUGUCGAGCCUCCGCCAGAUUUUCUCAAAUGCAAACUUUGCGAGGGAGUUUUCAGAACUCCCGUGGUGCUCACUUGCGGUCAUACAGUUUGCCGGGCUUGUACCCAUCAAACUGGAGGAUGCAGUCAAUGCGGGGCUGAAAUGAGGAUGGUCGUCGAGAAUCUUUCAUUGGCGGAGCAAAUUGGCCAGUUGGAUAUUUACUGCGACUUUGGGAUUUCGGAAGAAGGUACACAAGAUCCAGACGGAUGCCCAGAGGUUCUCAAGCUUUCUGAAAGAAAAAGACAUCGUGAAGAAUGUGUUUACGCGCCGGCUAAUUGUCCCAACUCACCAAAUUGCACCGGUCUCCGAAAACACCAGCUAGCAAAGCACCUUGAAGAGUGCACAAUCAGACGAUGCAGCUUUAACAAAAGCGGAUGUCCGAAAAUAGGCGAGAAGGAUACAAUAGAAGAGCAUGAAAAUGGAUGCAUCUUUGCACUCAUGGGAGAUUCCCUCAGCCAGGCAAUAGACAACAAGAUCAAGGAAAGAGAUGACAAAGUAAUUAUCCCGAGCAUCAAAAGAUUGGACGAUCGGAUUAGUCAGCUUUCACUCGAUCUUCAGCAAAAUACCUCUUCAUCGAAUCUUGUCACGAGAUUCGAAUCCGAGCUGCGUGAUCUUCGAAGUGAAGUCAGUCUUCUAUCGAAUCAACUUAAUGACCUGACAGCAAAAUUCAACGCUGGAAUACUCGCGACUCAUGAGCCACAAGGGAAAAUCUUCAAAGUCAAGGGAACGUUUGUUGGUCAUCAAGGCCAAGUUUGGUGUCUGGCGAUGACCGGAGAUGUUCUCUUCUCUGGGGGUGGGGAUGCUGAUAUCAAAUGCUGGGAUACGACGCAGACUUUCAGAUGCCAGAAAACCCUCGAAGGUCAUACCAAGCCGAUUCUAGCGAUGGUUGUUCAAAAUCAGCAGCUUUACUCAACUGGCUUGGAUCAAUCAAUUCUUCUUUGGAACGUCACAAAGCUCAGUUUUGUCCAUAGAAUCGACAAGGCGCACGACAAGGCUGUUUGCUCAAUAGCAGCUACAUCGAAAUACCUGUUUACUGGAUCAUUAAACAGUGUUAAAGUUUGGAAGAUUCAAGAUCUCCCAAUAGCAAAUGACUCAAAAGCGCCCAUCGAAUAUUUACAAGAGUUGAAGGAUGUUUCAAACUAUGUUCGAUCACUAGCAGUUUCGGAUAAGAAACUUUAUGGCGGUUCUACGAAGCUGAUAACGAUUUGGGAUAUUGAUAGCUUCAAGUUACUAAAGCAAGUAACGAUGCAAGGCGAAGUCUAUUCGCUUCAUAUAACGAAAGAAUACAUUUUUGCUGGUACGGAUGAAAAAAUCGUUCAUGUGUGGAACAACGAUGAAGAUAUGGAAGUUCUCUGCCGGCUACGUGGCCAUGCUGGCACCAUCCAUUCGAUACGAAGUCUGAGAAUAGGCGAAAGUGAGCGUGUGUUUUCAGCUUCAGCAGACAGAAGUCUACGAGUCUGGAGCAUGGAGAACAAGCUCUGCGCUCAGAUUCUCGACCGACAUCAAGGGAAUGUAACCUCGCUUGCUGUUUCGAGAGGAAGAGUUUUCAGCGGGUCUGUAGAUCAAACUGUCAAAGUUUGGGUUUGA